AGGAUUAAUUCAUCUAUGUAUAUUUCUUCCUCUAUGUUGUCUGAUUGAUCUUUCAUCAUUGGUUUUAAUUCAUAGAUGAUUUGAUUGUUGAUCCAAGGAAUUUGGAAUGGAUGAGAGAGGCUAAUUGUCCUGUUCAGGUAGCAGAUGUAACACACUCAUUACAACAGCCAGCAGGAAGAAAGAUGGUGGAGGUGUCGCUAGUGGAGGUGUCGCUAGUGGAGGUCUUGGUGAGCUAAUACCAUGCAUGGCAAGGACUGCUGCUGCUGUUGGAGUGGAUGAAAUUUUCAUGGAGGUGCAUGAUGAUCCUCCAAAUGCACCACCUCUUCGUAACUUGGAGGAAUUGCUAGAAGAACUAAUGGCGAUAGCUAGGGUAAGCAAGGGGAAGCAACGUUUCAACAUUGACCUCACACCAUUUUGUGAUUAAAAGGGUGAUUGUCUCAAAUUCAAAUGUGUUUUGAAUACAAGAAUAUGGCAAAC